UUUCGAACUCACAGCUCCUAGCCUCCUGCUGUUUCCCCUGCUCCUUUUUUUUUUUUUCUAUCCAAGAGGAAAAGGAAGAAAUCAAGCUCCUUCUCAUCCUCUUCCUCCUAAGUUCCUACCUACCUUACCGAAUCGCAAGGAACAUAGGUUCACCAGGUACCCACUGUUUGUACCGCGGUACCUCCCGUCGCAGAGGUAAGGAACUUUACCGCUUGCCCAAGGGUACCUACCUACCUUGCUGUGUAGCUACCUGAGGUACGGAUGCCACCAACCUACCUAAGCAAUAUCAAAUACCUUCCAUUUGCCUGACCACCACACCUACCUACCUCACCUUGUCCCAUUCUCCUCAAACCACCACAACCACAUCCAUUCCAGAACCCCUCCUCUUCCUCCUCUUCCGAAUCCUGCGCCCUCGACCUCUCACACAGUUAGAUCCCAUCUCUGCUCCGACCAAUCGCAUCGCGACUCGACCGACCGGGUCAGCGUCGAAAUCCCCGUCUUCAUAAUAUCCCCGCCCACCAACCGUCCCCCGUCGAUUCAAUUCCCCUCUCGCAGACGUCGAGCAACGACUAGACCGGGCAUCUCGUCUUCCUGAAUCGUCAGUAUACCUGAAUUUUUGCGCCUUGGUCAAAGCUGGCCUCGACCGUUGAAGCUUCGUCCUUCCCGGUCCAGUCGCCCCAUUUUCUGCCUUCGCAGCUAUUCCAUCAGGACUGCUCUGGAAACCCUUUGGACAUCUCUCCCUGCCCGGUCUGCGGGCCAUCGCCUCCGCGAAUUCUCCUCCAUCCAGACCGGAAUCUUGGGCCAACCUUUGUUUCUAUCCAACGACCGACCCUGACUGUUUACCCAAGGACGCAUCAUAUUGAAAGCCACAAUGACCGAGGUAUCCUCCACCAGGCUGUACCUGGGAAAUCUCCCUCGCAAUGCCACCAAGGCUGAUGUCGAGGCCCAUUUCGCGACCCAUGGCACCGGCGAAAUUACCGAAAUAAAGCUCAUGAACGGAUUCGGCUUCAUCGAGUACAAGGAUGCCAUGGAUGCUCGCGAUGUUGUUCCUGCCUUCCAUGGAUCCGACUUCAUGGGCGAACGCUUGACUGUACAAUUUGCCCGUGGAACCCGUCACAGGGAGGGCGGCAGUGCCGGCGGCUUUGGCAACAAUGAGCGCGCUCCUCCCAGGCCUCGCCGCACUCCCCACCGAAUGCAGAUCACGGGACUUCCCACCGAUACCAGUUGGCAGGACCUCAAAGACUUUGCUCGUCAGUCAAGCCUUGACGUUGUCUACUCGGAAACGCCCCGCGACGGCAACGGGCGCGGCUUCGUUGAAUUCGAGACUGCGGCGGACUUGAGAACCGCUGUCGAGAAGCUUGAUGGCCGGGAAUUCAAGGGAAGCCGCGUCACCUGCGUAGCAGACACUCAACCGGACAUGCCGCCCCGUGGCGACAUGCGCAGCGCUCGGUCUCGUUCCCCCGGCGGCGGCCGUCGACCCUACCCGCCUCCAGUCGACGACUACGACCGACGUGGUCCCCCGAGAGGCUACAGCCCACGCAGAGAUGGUUAUCGUGAGGGAUACCGUGAGCGUAGUCCCCGCCGCGAGUACUACGACGAGCGUGCUCGUUACCGCUCUCCUCCGCGUCGCCCCAUGGACGAUUACCCUCCUCCACGAGGCCGCUACGACGACCCUUACCGACGGGACUACCCCCCGCCGCCCGACCCCUAUGUCAACGGCAGAGGGCCGUAUGAUCGCCCCCCUAGAGACUUCCCUCCCAGGGAAGCAGGUUACCCGCGUGAUGGGUACCCUCGCGAGUAUGACCGUGGUGGCCGUUACUGGUAACUCACUCCUGCUCAUAAACUUGCCUCAUAGGGGCUGUCCUUGACUCUGCAUAGAUCCUGGAAGCACCUCCACUCUAGUGGCUCAAGCCACAAUGGUAAAUAUCAAUGGCAACAAGCGGUGUUCCGUGAGAAUGAAUUAGGAUGAGGUAGUUGAGCAGUGUUAGGCUUGCGCCUCUACGGUGUUCGUCAAGCAGACGUUCCAGGCAUGUUUCAAAUUGCGAUUUUUGUCGAAGCAUCAUCAACAACACAGCUGUGGAUGCAACGAUUCUGGGUCCGUUGAGUUCAGGAGGGGAAAAAAAUGUCGAGUGCCUGAUGUAUAUUGUACGAUUACAUGCAUGGAUAUCCACCAAAAAUGAAAUGGCGUAUUCGCU